AUGCUGUCGACAGGCCCACGGACAGUCUGCCGUCAUGGCCUCGCUCGACAAUGGUUGAGCACCACUGGACAGAUCCGACAUGCGACAAGCUUGUCGUCGACGAUCAAAAUCAGUAGUGUGCCGGCACCGCAUACGGGUAGCAUUGCCGUGCUAUCGCUGAAUAGACCCAAGGCACGAAACGCACUCUCGAGGCAGCUUCUAUCGGAGCUGAGUGGUGUGAUCGAGGGUCUGCAUGCUGAGGGUGGGAAGGGUAGCACGAGAGCGUUGAUCCUGGCUUCGGAGAGCGACGAUGCUUUCUGUGCUGGUGCGGACUUGAAGGAGAGGUUGACCUUCACACCCGAGGACACCCAAAACUUCCUCUCCACCCUCCGCAAAACUUUCACCCGCCUCUCCACCCUCCCCAUCCCCACCAUCUCCGCCAUCAGCAGCUCAGCCUUCGGGGGCGGCCUUGAACUAGGCCUCUGUACGAACUUCCGUGUCAUGUCAUCCCAAGCAACUGUGGGGUUGCCCGAAACCCGCCUAGCCAUCAUUCCGGGAGCAGGAGGAACAUAUCGUCUCCCGGCCAUGAUAGGUGAGACACGCGCACGAGAUCUCAUCCUGACUGGCCGGCGCAUCACAGGAGCCGAAGCGUACUUUAUCGGUCUCUGCGACAGAUUGGUGCAAGUCACCGAUGAGCAAAAUGGUCAAGCAGGGGUGGGAAGGGGAAUAGUGAUGGAGCAAGCGGUGGAAAUGGCCAAGACGAUCUGUGAGGGUGGCCCCAUAGCGAUCCGAGCCGCGAUGCAAGCGAUGAAGACGUGGAAGAAUGGGGAGGCCAGCGAGAAUUCGGCUUAUGAGAUGGUUUUACCGACGCAGGAUAGGAUGGAGGCGUUGAAGGCUUUUGGGGAGAAGAGGAAGCCGGAUUUUCGGGGGAAGUAG